AUGGCGUCAACAUUCGCCAGACUAAGGAAACCCCUCGCGACCCUCGCCGUCAUCACCACAACCACUGCCGGCGGUGCCCUCCUAUACACCACCCUCACCCGCAAACCCAUCCCCGACUCUCCCCUCGUGGCGCUACAGCGCGAUGCAAACGGCCGCGUCAUCCCUCCCGAAUUCCCUUCCCUCAAGUCCCGGGCCCAUCAGCUCGCCGAGCUCCGCCGCCACGAUUCGGACGAAGACGCCUACGACCUCCUGGUGAUCGGCGGCGGCGCCACCGGCACGGGCAUCGCCCUCGACGCGGCCACGCGGGGUUUCAAAGUAGCCCUCGUCGAGCGCGACGACUUCAGCAGCGGCACCAGCAGCAAGAGCACCAAGCUCGUCCACGGCGGCGUGCGCUACCUCGAGAAGGCCGUCAUGAACCUGGACUAUCCGCAGCUCCAACUCGUCAUGGAGGCCCUCCGCGAGCGCAAGACCUUCCUCGAGGUGGCCCCCCAUCUGUCGUCCUCGCUCCCCAUCCUGCUUCCCCUGCACCACUGGUGGCAGGCUCCGUACUUCUGGGCCGGUACGAAGGCCUACGACUUGCUGGCCGGCUCGCAAGGGCUGGAGAGCUCCUAUUAUCUGACCAGGAGGAAAGCCCUCGACGCGUUCCCCCUCUUGAAGAAGGAGAAUCUGAAAGGCGCCCUCGUGUACUAUGACGGCCAGCACAACGACUCCAGGAUGAACGUCUCCCUUGCGCUCACCGCCGCCAUAUACGGUGUAAGCGUGGUCAACCACGCCGAAGUCACGGCGCUGGAGAAGGACGCCUCGGGAAAGAUCCGCGGCGCACGCGUGCGCGAUGUCAUGGCCUCCCGGGAAGAAGAUGGCCAUGCCUCGACCUCAUUCUCCGUCCGGGCCAAGGGCGUGAUCAACGCUACCGGCCCCUUCGCCGACGCCAUCGAGAAGAUGGACGACCCUUCGAGGAUGUCCAUGGUCGCACCGAGCGCCGGCGUCCACAUCAUGCUGCCCUCCCACAUGAGUCCCGAGGGGAUGGGCAUCCUCGACGCCGCCACGUCCGACGGCCGCGUCGUCUUCGUCCUCCCUUGGCAAGGUGCCACGCUCGCCGGCACUACGGAUGCCCCCUGUGAGGUGGAGCGGGAACCGGUAGCGACCGAGACCGAGAUUGAUUUCAUUCUCAAAGAGGUUCGGAAACUGCUUGCCCCGGAGACUACCUUGUCGCGAUCUGAUAUCCUGGCAGCCUGGUCUGGUAUCCGUCCCCUUGUCAAGGACCCCAAGGCAAAGAACACCGAAUCUCUCGUCCGAAACCACCUCAUCACAGUCUCCGAUUCCGGCCUGUUGACCUGCGCCGGUGGCAAAUGGACCACGUACCGGCAAAUGGCAGAAGACGCCGUCGACGAGGCCAUCGAGGCGUUCCACCUCCAGCCCAAGGCCGUUCCCAUGCCCGACAUUAGCGGGGCACCGUCGAACGAAAACAAUGAUAACGCCUGGAUCGCCAACGGCAAGUGCGUCACCAGACAUGUUCCGCUCGUCGGCGCCCACGGCUUCUCCCGCCAGCUCCACGUCGCCUUGAUGGAGAGAUAUGACCUAGACCCCGACGUCGCCCAGCAUCUCGCGUCCAACUACGGCGACAGGGCCUGGGAAGUGGCUGCAGCCGAAUUUGGAGCGUCGGAGACUGAGACGGCCGCUCGUCCCGCGUCGCGCAUCGUUCCGGGCCUGCCUUUUAUCGACGGGGAGAUCCGACACGGUAUUCACCGCGAGUUCGCCCAGACGGCCACGGAUAUCAUGGCCCGACGUACCCGACUCGCUUUCAUCGACGUCAACGCCGCUCUCCGGGCCCUGCCCAGGGUGAUCGACGUGAUGGCUGAGGAGCUCCAGUGGUCGGAGACGAGGAAGCAAAGGGAGUGGACCGAGUCGGUGCAUUUUCUCAAAUCGAUGGGUCUCUCCCCGGACAAGCUGGGUGUCACCCGCGAGGAGGUCGUGAAUUCCCAGCUCCCGGCCGCCGCGUCUCCGGCAUCUGGUCAUGAGCGCUUGAGACCCAGCGGUGGUGGCUUGCCAGACCUGGGCGGCCUGGGUGGCCUGGGUGGCCUGGGAGUUGGGGGCGUGUUAGCGAGAGAUGCGACGGACUUGUCGACCAAGUCGUCGACCUCGGGGGUCGUCAAGUUCCCGAUCGAACGAUGAGGCAAAGCUUGACAAUUAUUUAGGAAGG